AUGGCAGCCCGUAGAUUCACUGCGAGUUGGCCAGUGAGCAGUUCUGCUGGUCGAAUGCUUCUCACUUCCGCCGACCCCGGAGGACUCCUCCGAAAAUGCGCCGGGGGAGCUGCCUCCAAAAAAUGCGCCCGGACAGCUCCUACCGAAAAUCCCCGGGAGAGCUGCCAAACCGAAAAUGCGCCGGAGGAGUCCCCUACCGCGAUGCGCCGGAGGAGCUGCCUGCCGCAGAUGCGCCGGGGACUGCCUCCCGCAAUGCGCCGGAGGAGCUGCCUACGAGAUCCCGGAGGAGCUCCUCCAAAAAUGCCCGGGGGAGCUCUCCCAAAAGUGCGCCGGAGGACUGCUGCCGAAGAUGGCCGGGAGGAGCUGCCUCCCAAAAGAUGCGCCGGAGGGCUGCCUGCCGAAGAGCCCGGGGAGCUGCCUGCCGAAAAAUGCGCCGAGGAGCUCCUCCCAAACCCAUCCCGGGGGGCUGCCGCCAAACCCUCCCGAGGGCCCCUCCCCGAAGCCCCCCGGAGGAGCUGCCUCCGAAGCCCCCAAAGGGAGCUGCCGUCCGAGGCACCCCGGAGGGCUGCCUGCCGGGAACCCUGGAGGAGCUGCCUGCCGAGGAGCGCCGAAGGGGCCCGCCGCCCGAGGACACCCUGGGGAGCUGCCUGCCGAGGACUUGCCGGGGGAGCUGCCUGCCAAGGACAGCGGGGGAGCCGCCUCCCGAGGACUUGCCGGAGGGUGUGCCAGGACUUCCCGGAGGAGCUGCCUGCCGAGGACUUGCCGGAGGAGCUGCCUCCCGAGGAGACCCCGGAUAAGCUCUCCCCGGGGAGCCCCGGGAGAAGCUACUGGGAGUAG